AUGCAGAGGUCGGCCGUCCCCUUGGACGCCGCGCCCUCCGGCUGGGCCUGUGGAUUCGUCGGUGCUUUGUCCAGAUCCAGGCGCUCCAUCAGGAGGUGGAGCAAAGACAAGUCCAGCUCCAGUCUGUCCCAGAACGAGUACCUCACCAGUCCGACCCGGAAGAACGAGUCCCUCACCAGUCCGACCCGGAAGAACGAGUCCCUCACCAGUCCGACCCGGAAGAACGAGUCCCUCACCAGUCCGAAACUGGAAGAACGAUGCUUAGUUCAACUCGGCCUGAGACUCGGCCUGAGACUCGGACUGAGACUCGGCCUGAGACUCGGCGUGAGACUCGGCCUGAGACUCGGCGUGAGACUCUGCCUGAGACUCUGCCUGAGACUCGGCCUGAGACUCGGCCUGAGACUCGGCCUGAGACUCGGCGUGAGACUCUGCCUGAGACUCUGCCUGAGACUCGGACUGAGACUCGGCCUGAGACUCGGACUGAGACUCGGCCUGAGACUCGGCCUGAGACUCGGCCUGAGACUCUGUGCCAAACCCCAGGCCAAACCCCGGGCCAAACCUCAGGCCAAACCCCGGAACAAACCCCGGGCCAAACCUCAGAACAAACCCCGGGCCAAACCCCGGGCCAAACCCCGGGCCAAACCUCAGGCCAAACCCCAGGCCAAACCCCAGCGCAAACCUGGGCUAAACCCCGGGCUAAACCCCGGGCUAAACCCGGGGCCAAAUCCCAGGCCAAACCCCAACACAAAAGGGUCAUCUUCAUCCCAUUCUGCUUUGUGCAGCUCCAGUCCGUCCCAGAACGAGUACCCCACCAGUCAGCCCCGGAGGAACGAGUACCCCACCAGUCAGCCCCGGAGGAACGAGUACCCCACCAGUCAGCCCCGGAGGAACGAGUACCCCACCAGUCAGCCCCGGAGGAACGAGUACCCCACCAGUCCGACCCGGAGGAACGAGUACCCCACCAGUCAGCCCCGGAGGAACGAGUACCCCACCAGUCAGCCCCGGAGGAACGAGUACCCCACCAGUCAGCCCCGGAGGAACGAGUACCCCACCAGUCCGACUCGGGGAGAGGCGUACUUCACUGACAGAAAAAAGAGAAGCUGUGGUCGCUGUGAAGACCUGACUCAGGAACAUGCAGAGAGGUCUGUGCCUCUCUCCCCCAUGUCCUCCCUCCCCCAUGUCCUCUCUCCCCCAUGUCCUCCCUCCCCCAUGUCCUCUCUCCCCCAUAUCCUCCCUCCCCCAUGUCCUCUCUCCCCCAUGUCCUCCCUCCCCCAUGUCCUCCCUCCCCCAUGUCCUCCCUCCCCCAUGUCCUCUCUCCCCCAUAUCCUCCCUCCCCCAUGUCCUCUCUCCCCCAUAUCCUCCCUCCCCCAUGUCCUCCCUCCCCCAUGUCCUCCCUCCCCCAUGUCCUCUCUCCCCCAUAUCCUCCCUCCCCCAUGUCCUCCCUCCCCCAUGUCCUCCCUCCCCCAUGUCCUCCCUCCCCCAUGUCCUCUCUCCCCCAUAUCCUCCCUCCCCCAUGUCCUCCCUCCCCCAUGUCCUCCCUCCCCCAUGUCCUCCCUCCCCCAUGUCCUCCCUCCCCCAUGUCCUCUCUCCCCCAUAUCCUCCCUCCCCCAUGUCCUCCCUCCCCCAUGUCCUCCCUCCCCCAUGUCCUCUCUCCCCCAUAUCCUCCCUCCCCCAUGUCCUCCCUCCCCCAUGUCCUCCCUCCCCCAUGUCCUCUCUCCCCCAUAUCCUCCCUCCCCCAUGUCCUCCCUCCCCCAUGUCCUCCCUCCCCCAUGUCCUCCCUCCCCCAUGUCCUCUCUCCCCCAUAUCCUCCCUCCCCCAUGUCCUCCCUCCCCCAUAUCCUCCCUCCCCCAUGUCCUCCCUCCCCCAUGUCCUCCCUCCCCCAUGUCCUCUCUCCCCCAUAUCCUCCCUCCCCCAUGUCCUCCCUCCCCCAUGUUCUCCCCAUAUCCUCCCUCCCCCAUGAUCAAAGUCCUGAGAUUUGAUCUGAAACAAAAAGAGGCAGAACUGAAGCAGAGCAGAGAGAGGAGUGUGUUGUCCGUCUGCCGGCGCUGUGAGGACCAGGCCCAGGAGCACAAGCAGACAGUACGAGAGAUGGACACUUUCUACAGAAGCAAACUGAGUGAGGCCAGAUCUGCUCUGGAGCAGAAGGACGAGCAGUUCAGGUCCUUCAAAGACCGAGUGGCAGAGAAUGUUCUUCUCUCGUCAACAACAGAAAACACUGAGAACAUGAACAGUCCAGUGAACCGGAGCCGCCUCACAGAGAUGUACCAGCAGCUGAGAGUGUGUGUGUGGCCUCACAUCAACUGGACACAGCCCGAGCCCCGGGCCAGGGACCUGGUCCAGGAGGUGUUCUCUAGAGCCCAUGAGAACAUGACCAAAUCCUUGAGCACAGUGUGUGCAGGAAGCACCUCCUCACCACAGGUGGACACAUUCAGGCGCAGGGCUCUGGAGAACCUGCAGAUGGUGCUGCUGCACAGCAGUAAACAGCAGGUGUGUGUGAAGGCCUUCCCCUCUCUCUCUGGACCAGAACUGGACUUGGCCUCAGAGUGUUACUGGUUGGGUUGUCUGAUGGCUCUGCACUCUCCUCCUCUGCAUCCAGACUGGGACAGAGGGCCUGGACUGGUCUUCCCACGGGACAUCAGGGACUGA